UGGUCUCUCACUUCAGAUCUACAGUCUCUAAGCGGUGAAAUGGCGCAGAGAGGAGUUCAGCUGGACUGGAAAACCUUCUCUUGUUCCAUCUGUCUGGAUCUACUGAAGGAUCCGGUAACUAUUCCCUGUGGACACAGCUACUGUAUGAACUGUAUUAAAUCACACUGGGAUGGAGAGGACGAGAAGGAGAUCUACAGCUGUCCUCAGUGCAGGAAGACCUUCACACCGAGGCCUGUCCUGGUGAAAAACACCAUGUUAGCAGAUUUAGUGGAGGAGCUAAAGAAGAGCGGACUCCCAGCUGCUCCUGCUGAUCACUGCUAUGCUGGACCUGAUGAUGUGGCCUGUGAUGUCUGCAGCAGGAGAAAACUGAAAGCCACCAAGUCCUGUCUCAUCUGUCUGGUGUCUUACUGUGAUGAACACCUCCAGCCUCAUUAUCAAUCCUCUGCCUUUGGGAGACACAAGCUGGUGGAGCCCUCCAAGAAGCUGCAGGAGAACAUCUGCUCUCAGCAUGAUGAGGUGAUGAAGAUGUUCUGCCGGACUGAUCAGCAGUCUAUCUGUUAUCUCUGCUCUGUGGACCAACAUAAAGACCACCACACGGUGUCAGCUGCAGCAGAAAGGACUGAGAGGCAGAAAGAGCUGGAGGGGAGUCAACUAAACAUCCAGCAGAGAAUCCAGGACAGACAGAAAGAUGUGAAGCUGCUUCAACAGGAGCUGGAAGCUAUCAAUCACUCUGCUGAUAAAACAGUGGAGGACACUGAAGUAAGUCGAGUCAAAGAGCUUCAGGAGAAGCCGCAGCAGGAGAUCAGUGAGCUGAAGAGGAAAGAGGCUGAGCUGAAGAAACUCUCACACACAGAGGAUCAUAACCAGUUUCUACAAAACUACUCAGUGUCACAAUUCAGUGAAUCUACAUCAAACAUCAAUAUCAAUUCUCCUCAGUACUUUGAGGGCGCGACAGCAGCUGUGUCAGAAGUCAGAGAUGAACUACAAGACGUCAUGAAAGAGAAAUUGAAAAACUUGUCACAACCAGAGCCCAGGACCAGACUUGAAUUCUUAAAGUAUUCAUAUGAACUUACACUGGAUCCAAACACAGCAAACGAAGAUCUGUUAUUGUCUAAGGGUAACCGAAAAGCAACACUGGAAAUAAGACAUCGGUUUUAUGGUAAUCACCCAUACAGAUUUAAUUCAUGCUGUCAGGUCCUGAGCAAAGAGAGUCUGACUGGACGUUGUUACUGGGAGGUGGAGUGGAGCGGGAGAGGACUUCUUGUAGCAGUUGCAUACAAAAAUAUCAGUAGAGGAGGGAGCUUCAAUGAAUGUGCGUUUGGACUCAAUGACAAAUCUUGGGCAUUAAAAUGUGAAACAAACAAUUAUACAUUUUGGCACAACAAUGUCCAAACUCCCGUCUCAGGUCCUCCGUGCUCCAGAUUAGGAGUGUACCUGGAUCACAGUGCAGGUAUUCUGUCCUUCUACAGCGUCUCUGAAACCAGGACCCUCCUCCACAGAGUCCAGACCACAUUCACUCAGCCACUCUACGCUGGAAUUUGGCUUCUAUAUUCCCAUGGAGCCACUGCUGAGUUCUGUAAUGUCAUAUAGACUGAAGUUAUUUAAGGGACAGAGAGUUUUUUUACUUAGAAAUUUAGAAAAUGUAGAAAAGCAUAUUUAUUAUUUCAGAUCGCUCUUACAAAGCUAUUUCUUCAUUUUUCUUCACAAACAACAUAUGUAGACGUUCAGGAAGAACUCAAGACGCUCAAAGUGAAGUCGCAUCAAUGAUAGGUAUUAUGGUUUUGCCAAAAAUGCUUUCUGUUCGAGGCCAGAAAUUCCAGUCUGUCCACCUCUGGCUGCUGUGACUGUUCCGGAACAUUCAACGGCGGCAGUUAAUUCCGUUGAUUGCUCUGCUCUGAUUGGUCGACCCCAAAGCCUUUGAUCCUUUGAUGUAUCUCUCACAGAAAGAGAGACCGACACACACACACACACACACACACACACACACGGACA